CGCUCAGGGCUCGGCGGCGGCUCCUGCCGGGGAUGCGCCGGGCGCUGCCUCCCCCCGGCCCGACCAUGUACGCGGGUCGCAAGCGGAGGAAGCCGGUGCCCCGCGUGGUGCGGCCGGGGCCGGCCGAAGGCGGCAGCUCCAACCCGUCCAAGCGGCACCGGGAGCGGCUGAACCGGGAGCUGGAGCGGCUGGCCGGGCUGCUGCCCUUCCCCGAGGAGGUGGUGGCCGGGCUGGACAAGCUGUCGGUCCUGCGCCUCAGCGCCGGCUACCUGCGAGCCAAGAGCUUCUUCAGCGUUGCUCUAAAGAAUCACGGUGCCAAAGAAGCGGAGAGGGAUGGAGACCGCGGCAACGGACCAGCUCCGGGCUCGGCAGCGGUACUGGAGGGCGAGCUGCUCCUACAGGCACUCAACGGCUUCGUGCUGGUGGUGACAUCGGAAGGACUGAUAUUUUACUCCUCGCAUACGAUUCAGGACUAUCUGGGAUUUCAUCAGACAGAUGUCAUGCACCAGAGCGUCUUUGAGCUGAUCCACACCGAGGACCAGGAGGAAUUCAGGCGCAACCUCCACUGGGCACUCAACCCACCCCACGCUCCCGAGGAUGAGUCUUCUGCAGAAGGGGGGAAGAGUCUCGGCUCUCCUGCUGUCACCUACAAGCCGGAUCAGCUGCCCCCAGAAAACUCCUCCUUUCUGGAAAGGAGCUUCGUGUGCCGCUUUCGCUGCCUCCUGGAUAAUUCCUCCGGCUUCCUGGCUUUAAACCUUCAAGGCAGGCUGAAAUUCCUUCAUGGGCAGAACAAAAGGUCUGAAGACGGGUCUGCACUGCCACCCCAGCUUGCUCUCUUCGCUAUCUCCACCCCCUUGCAGCCCCCAUCCAUCCUGCAGAUCCGAACCAAGAACAUGAUCUUCAGGACGAAGCACAAGCUGGACUUCACCCCCUUGGCGUGCGAUGCCAAGGGGAAGAUCGUUUUGGGCUACACCGAGGCGGAGCUGCGGAUGCGCGGCACCGGCUACCAGUUCGUCCACGCUGCCGACAUGCUGUACUGUGCCGAGAACCACGUCAGGAUGAUGAAGACGGGCGAGAGCGGCCUGACGGUCUUCCGCCUGCUGACGAAGGAGAAUCGCUGGAAGUGGGUGCAGGCCAACGCACGGCUCGUCUACAAGAAUGGCAAGCCCGAGUACAUCGUUGUCACGCAGAGACCCCUCGUAGAUGAAGAAGGAGGAGAGCACCUUCGGAAACGGUCCAUGCAUCUUCCCUUUACCUUUGCUACAGGAGAGGCGCUCUUAUACCAAAGCGCAUACCCUCUCUCGGGCUUCCCUGACCCUUUCCAGAGCAAAGGGAAAACCAGCAAGUCCAAGAAGACCUCCCGCAGCCACGGAGGAUGCUCCCAGAAGAAUGGCGUUGACCCCAGUUCUCUGCUGGGCGCCGUGAUGCGACAGGACAAGGCGGUGUAUGCCUCGCAUCCAGCUCCUGCACCUAACCACUCCUUCAGCAGCAGUUCCUUGGGCCACCUCGAGGAUGUGUCCUUGCUGGAUGCAGGAAGAGAUGCUUGGAGUAUGGGCACUGCUCCCGUUUCUUCAAGGGGGAACAGCCUCAAAGAGGAGCUGGUGGAUUUGCAGCAGGAGGACCCUCUCUUGGCCACCCUGGACUCGCUCUCAAUUAAGAGUGACGAGAGCUGUUCCAACAACGAGUUCUUCAGUGUGCUGGAGGGCCUGGGGUUGAAUGCUGAGGACCUAGAGCUCCUGCUGCUGGAUGAGAAAAUGGUGAUGGUCAAUAUGGACCCUGACCGCGCCCCGUCCCUGAACGACUGCCUCGCCAGCAACGAGGUUCUCUCCUACAUCCACACCACUCUGGUGAACAAGCACGAGGGAGGACAACAGGUCUGUCCCCUGCCAGGCACAUCCCCGAGCCCACGUGGAGGCACCUCUACGUUCCAGGCCCACGGGGAGAACGAGGACUCGCAGUACCUGCCCCAGCACGUGGUGCAGCCCGGCAUUGCCCUGGGCCAGCCCCCCGCUCCGCUGUGGGAACAGCCCCCCCACGCUGUGCCGGGGCGGCAGCCCCCGCUGCUGCGGGAGCCAGCCGAGGAGGACGAGCCAGCCGAUGGCUCGCGGUGGAGGCCAGCUGGGGAGGAGGGUCUGCUUGGUUUCCUCCAGCCGGUGUGGGGCACCCCGUGGGACAAGGCGCCCAGCUCCCCGCCAGCAGCCCCCUGCCCGCAGGAGCCACCCAGGGCUGGGCAGCUGGAGGGUGGCUUCCCUGCCACGCGUCCCACCCAAGAGGACGCUCGCCGGUCCUUCUCCCUGCCCAGCCAGUGCCAGGGCCACGUGGGACCACCCAGCCAGCCGAAACACCGUCACUUGCUGGUGAACGGGUUGUGCGGCCCCAGCCCCGACCCCGCUCCACACCUCCUUCCCAGCAGCAGCCCCAGCCCGUGGCAGGACUACGUUUCCCCGCUCCUGGGGUCCCCAGCCCAGCCUGGGUUUUAUGGUGUCAGCCAAGACUUGAUCUCCCAGCACCAAGGCUGCUUGCGUCCAGGGCCCGGCGCGCCGGCGGCACACUUCAACCUGAACGGAUUAUGCAGCAUGGAAACUGCGGGCAGCGGGGGGUCCCAGGACGAGAUGGCUCCAUACUCCAGUUUCCCCCCCUCCUCCUCAUACCAGCUUAUUCCCGAGAAGCAGCCGAGCCCUGUUCCCUCUGUGCCCCAGCACCCUUUUCCAAGCUCAGCUGCAGGGUGCUUUGGGAGCAUCGGCAGCCCCAUGGAGACCCCCGUGAGCUCCUUCGGGACGUACGCCUCCGCGCUGAGCCAGGAGAGCAGGCACAGGCCCGAAAGCGGCUGUGUUCUGCCCAGCUCUGCCAUGGGGGUCCCCGGAGACCCAGCUCCCCCCUGCCAGCCGCACCCCCGGGCAGAAGCGCUGCCAGAUCACCCUCGUGCCUCCAGCGGUGAUUUCUGUCUCUAGGAGAGGAGGACUGGAAUGGACAAAGCGGGACUAUUCCCUGGGGAAGGAGCUGCCGUCAAGUUGCGGAUGACAAACCUUCCCCCUGCCACGCAUGUCCUGCCAUUGCUCUUGAUGUUGUUUGCUUUGGCUUAGCUGGGGUUUUUUGCCUUUUUUUUUAAUUAUUAUUAUUAUUUUUUUUAUCAACUGCCCACCAUCCUGCCCCUUCUGAGGCUCCAUGUGUCGGUCCCGUGGAGGUGUCCCUGGCCUGGGGAGGGCAGUAGCAGGGCUGGAGGGCAGAUUUCCCCAGGGCACGGGAGCAAGCCGGGCUGCGAUGCGAGUCAGCCAGUGUCUUUAUCUCAUGGCGUGGAGGAGUUGUGCGGCUCUUGGUCAGUUGGAGGAUCUCAGAGCACGUUUGUCACUCGCCGUCUCUCAUCCUACCCACCCAAUCUCCUUGCUCUUCUUUCCCUGGUGGGGUGAGUGUCUGCCCAUCCUGCCUGCACAUCUUACGGAGAGUCGACUUUGAAACGGUUGGGCCUUUUCUGGUUGCUGCUGUCUUUUAAACGGCAUUCGGAGACUAACUGUUGCUCUGGAAAGAAAACAAGGAUUGCUCUCUAUUGCCAGCUGUGCUGAAGGCGCGAUGUUUGCGCGGCACUUCCCACACUUUGCCACGAAGCCCGUCUUUGCAGUUCUGCCGUUAACAGAGUGCGUUUGUUUGGUGCGUUUUGCCAGGCUUUAGGAAACCCAGGCUGCUUCCGUGGCUGUCGCUUGGCUCCCGCUGUUUGGUAACGCCCGUCUGUGCACGGCAGCCCUCGCCCCGAAAGACAGGCGAGUUUCUGAUGGCUCACGUCCUCCAGCUUCACCAAAGCUUUGCAGUCGCGUGCAUGAUCCAACACAGAUGCAAGACUCGUGCGUCCAAAAAAAGAAGAAAAUUAAAAGGGGGGGACAGGAAAGGUUUUCGCCUCUGGUAUUAAAUUUCCUGCCAUCCCAUCCAGGCACGUGUGGCUGUGGCCACAUUGUACAGAUAUUGCCUGGUUUAUAUAAAAAAUCAACGCUUCUUGUGUUGCACUGCUCCUUCCCCACCCCAGGUUUCCCUGUGUCCUGGGUGUUCCCGUUUGUUAGGAUCCAGAUUAGAGCUCCUGUAGCUGACACCCUGGGGUUUGCUGUACUGUAUGUGACGUGCCCAAGUUGGCUGAAAAGCAGGGUUUGGUUUUUUUUUUUUUCUCCUGGGUGAUGGGGUGUGAGUACCUGAACAGGUAGCGGGGGUCAUUCUCAAACAGCAGGAGCAGGCUGGUGUAUAAGCCAUACCUUGCAUCUGUGCCUAAAAAGAUUGCAGAUAAGUAGUGGAGCUGCCUAACCUAAAGAGAUUUCAGAUUUACUGGAAAAAAAAAAAAAAAAAAAGAGUUUUCAGUAAGAUAAAGAAAAUAAGUAUAAUGAUACUUAAUUUUAAGUACUGACAGAGUGAUAUUUUCCCACGGAAAAUAAAUACAGCCCAUAUGUAUAUAAUAUGAGUUGA